GUCCAACCAAGAGAGGAGUCACUGCAGGAUGUAAGACUCACCUGAAUCCCUUUCCACGGACCCUCCAGGCUGCCAGGGGGUGCUGCUGAGCCCACUGAUGCAGAUUGUCACGCUUUCUUGUGGGAAGCCCCCUCCAGAUCCUGGUUCCUACCCUACUAACUGAUAUCCAGUCCUACUCUGCUCUCCUGUGAGUCUUUCUGGACACUGAUACUCUAGAACCACAGAGGAGGCCAGAAUGGCCACCUCCCAACCCACAAACUCGGAGAUGGCUGCCACAUCCUGCCCUGGGACCCCCGUCCCUUAGCUCACCUUCUGUUGCUGUCCUCAGACUCAGACCCGGGUAUCCACUGUCCACAUUGUGGAGCUGAAGGUCCCCUGUGGUUCAGACUGGAGAUAAAGGGGUACCCUCCUGCCUGCUCCACCCACAACAGAGGAAAGGCGAUCUGGGGAAGCAACACUGCCAGUGUAUUUCUGGAGGGCACUCAGAUCCAAGGAUGGAGGUAGAAAGCCAGGCCAAGCAGGGCCAAGGGCACGCUGCAGGCUCCCAGGAGUAGCCCCAGGCUCAGGAGCAGCAGUAGCAGAGCCUCCUGGGGGCUGAGUUGUCCCGUGACUGCCACCGUAGGCAGGAGUACAGCCUCCUGCAGUCCUGGGCCCUCACCGGCCCCCUGACUCUGGCCUGUGAGAAGUAUGUGCUGUGGUUGGACGGGGCCUGCGGGGCUGUGGAGAGACAGGGUGACAGCUGGGCUUCCGGAAAUUGACUAUUUGUUUCCCUGCUUACUCCUGCCACCUGCCAGGCUGCUGCACACUUACCAGUGGAACAGGUCGAAGGUCAGGAAGCUGACCAGUAGCAGCAGCAGCAGCAGCAGCAAGACUGGGCCAGCCGUGGAAAAGACUGCCCGAACUGUCAGUCCCAGUGCCCCCAGCCCUAGGACACUGUCCCAGAGCUGGGCCGGGCUAAGGCCCCAGGGAGACAUACAUGGACUUACUGGACUAUUCGACCCCUCCCCAGCACUCAGGCCCCUGGGAGGGACUGGGAUAGGAUAAGCAGGGCCUUUGGGCCUGGGCAAGCAAAGCUGGGUCAUAGAGGGAGGUGGAGAUGACAGGAAGGACUAGUGCUGGGAGGGAGUUGGGGUGGGUAGGUAUGUGGGACCGGGUGGGGCCCUGACAGACACUCGAGAGUAAACUGCGUGGGAAUCUCCGCCUCCCCACACACUCACUCACCACACCCUCCUCACCUGCUACUUCAGUCAGCUGUUAUGGGACUGGGCAGCUGGGACAUUGUGACCUAUUGCCAGGUGGGGUUCUGGGGUACAGAGGGAGCUGUGGCUGGUUUUGACCUCCUAAGCAGCUGGUAUCUUAGGUGAGGCUUAGCCAGAAGGGAGUCAUGAUUUCUGAGAACUAAGACUCAUCCUCUUGCCUUGGUGAAUUCUCUGCCCCCAGGACUCCCCAAGAGGAUCUGAGUUACCAGGAAGGCAUUCUAACCCCAUCACCACGUGGGGACCUCAGAACAGCAUGUUCGGAUUCGCAUUGUCAAGAAGAAGAAGAUCAUUAUGAAGAAACGAAAGAAGCUAACUCGUCCUGGACCCCUGGUGACUGCCAAGCCUCCGGUGACCACCACCCCUGCAGGAGCCCUUGACCCCCUAGAGGAGCAGGAACCAGGCUGCCCCCCCUUGGGCCUGGAGUCCCUGCGAGUUUCGGAUAGCCAGCUCGAGGCAUCCAGCAGCCAGUCCUUUGGUCUUGGACCACACCGGGGACGGCUCAACAUCCAGUCAGGCCUGGAGGACGGCGAUCUGUAUGACGGGGCCUGGUGUGCUGAGGAGCAGGAUACUGAGCCGUGGUUUCAGGUGGAUGCUAGGCACCCCACCCGCUUCUCAGGCAUUAUCACACAGGGCAGGAACUCUGUCUGGAGGUACGACUGGGUCACAUCAUACAAGGUCCAGUUCAGCAAUGACAGUCAGACGUGGUGGGGGAGUAGGAACCGUAGCAGUGGGACGGAUGCGGUGUUUCCUGCCAACUCAGACCCAGAGACACCAGUGCUGAACCUCCUGCCUGAGCCCCAGGUAGCCCGCUUCAUUCGCCUGCUGCCCCAGAAAUGGCUCCAGGGAGGCACAUCUUGCCUCCGGGCAGAGAUCCUAGCCUGCCCGAUCUCAGAUCCUAACGACCUAUUCCCUAAGGCCCCCGAAUUGGAAUCCUCUGAUCCUUUGGACUUCCGGCAUCACAAUUACAAGGCCAUGAGGAAGCUGAUGAAGGAGGUGAACGAGAAGUGCCCCAACAUCACCCGCAUCUACAGCAUCGGGAAGAGCCACCAGGGCCUGAAGCUGUAUGUGAUGGAAAUGUCGGACCAGCCUGGGGAGCAUGAGCUGGGAGAGCCUGAGGUGCGCUAUGUGGCUGGCAUGCAUGGGAAUGAGGCCCUGGGGCGGGAGCUUGUCCUGCUCCUGAUGCAGUUCCUGUGUCAUGAGUUCCUGCGAGGGGACCCACGAGUGACCCGGCUGCUCACUGAGACACGUAUUCACCUGCUGCCCUCCAUGAACCCUGAUGGCUAUGAGACUGCGUUUCGCCGGGGCUCGGAGCUGGUGGGCUGGGCAGAGGGCCGCUGGAACCACCAGGGCAUUGAUCUUAACCAUAAUUUUGCUGACCUCAACACACCACUGUGGGAAGCAGAGGAUGAUGGGCUAGUGCCUGACACUGUCCCCAACCACCACCUGCCACUGCCCGCCUACUACACCCUGCCCAAUGCCACUGUGGCCCCUGAAACGCGGGCUGUGAUUGAGUGGAUGAAGCGGAUUCCCUUUGUGCUGAGUGCCAACCUCCAUGGGGGUGAGCUCGUGGUGUCCUACCCAUUUGACAUGACUCGGACCCCGUGGGCUGCCCGUGAACUCACACCCACUCCGGAUGAUUCCGUAUUCCGCUGGCUUAGCACCGUCUAUGCUGGCACCAACCGAGCCAUGCAGGACCCGGACCGCCGACCCUGCCACAACCAGGACUUCUCCUUGCAUGGCAACAUCAUCAACGGCGCUGACUGGCACACAGUCCCGGGGAGUAUGAAUGACUUCAGCUACCUCCAUACCAACUGCUUUGAAAUCACCGUGGAGCUGUCCUGUGACAAGUUUCCUCACGAGAACGAGCUGCCCCAAGAGUGGGAGAACAACAAAGAUGCCCUCCUCACCUACCUGGAACAGGUGAGAAUGGGCAUCACGGGAGUCGUGCGAGACAAAGACACAGAGCUGGGGAUUGCUGAUGCCGUCAUCGCUGUGGAUGGGAUUAACCAUGAUGUGACAACAGCAUGGGGUGGGGAUUACUGGCGCCUGCUGACCCCUGGGGACUACAUGGUGACAGCCAGUGCUGAGGGCUACCAUACUGCCACCCGGAGCUGCCGGGUCCCCUUUGAAGAGGGCCCAGUACCCUGCAAUUUCCACCUCACGAAGACUCCCAAACAGAGACUUCGAGAGCUGCUUGCAGCUGGGGCCAAGGUGCCCCCAGACCUCCGGAGGCGGCUGGAGCGGCUGCGGGGACAGAAGCAUUGACAUGUCUGGGUGGAGAGCCCAGGAGCGGCGGGCAGGCUGGACCUGUCCAGAACUGAAGGGGGGAGGGACACAGUAGGGGAAGAGGUGCUCAGGCUCAUUAAAGCUACUU